CCACUGCGGGGGCGUGUCCGUCCAACCUGCUCCUCUCCAUAAAACACAAAGUCAAAGUCGCUCAUCGCCCGUGCUGCUGAGAGAGGGAUGAGUGUUAAACACGGGACAGGAUGAUUGCCAAACAGAUGGAGGAGGACCGUCUGUCCAACAGCAGCAGCGGCGGCGCGCCGGGCGAGAACGCGGAGGAGGGCGUGUGUGAGCCCGAGCUGGCGCUGGACGCGUCCCACGGCCACGGCCACGGCGCCUCGCCCCGGGACCGCACGAGGAACUGGGGCUGGCUGCUGUCGGGCACAGUGUUCCUGAACCUGGUCAUCCUGGGCACGGCGCUGGUGUCCGCCUCCACCUUCAACAGCGCGUUGUUCGGCUCGGCCGACCUGCAGGUGUUCCUCAUCGUCAUCAUCCUCAUGACCACGCUGUGGAUGCUGUACUACCACGUGUACACCUCCAAGGAGGAGCACGCCGUGCUCUACAAGGACGGCCACGCCGGCCCCGUCUGGCUCAGGGCGGGACUGGUUCUGUUCGGUCUGCUCAGCCUGAUCAUGGACGUCUUCAAGGUGGCGAACUACGCCGGCUACCUGCACUGCGACUCGGCCGUGAAGGUGGCCUUCCCGGUGGUGCAGGCGGUGUUCCUGUUCGUCCAGACGUACUUCCUCUGGUUCCACGCGAAGGAUUGUGUGCAGCUUCAACGAAACAUCACACGCUGCGGACUCAUGCUAACCCUCGCCACCAAUCUGAUUCUGUGGAUGACAGCGGUGACCGAGGAGUCCGUCCAUCAGACAGACAUCCCGACGGAUGAUACGUACAACACCUCCAAGCUGUCUGCACGGAGGAUAUACAUUCUGAGAGCCAGCUACGGUGAAGACAACUGCAAGUGCAGCUACUCCUCGUGCAGCAUCUUCAAGGAGGCGUACUACUACCUCUACCCCUUCAACAUCGAGUACAGCCUCUUCGCCUCCGCCAUGGCCUACGUCAUGUGGAGGAACGUGGGCCGGCUGACCGAGGAGCACGCCCACCACAAGAUGCGCUUCCACGCGCGGGACGUGCUGGCGGGCCCCGCCCUGGGCGCCGUGCUGGCGGUGGCGGGGCUCGCCACCUUCGUGGUGUAUGAGGUGGACGUGGAGAAGGAGGAGAGCGGCGCCCGCAAGGACCGCGCCGUCAUGAUGCACUUCGUGGUCAACCUGGUGAUCGCGUGCCUGCUGUCGGCGGCCAGCGCGCUGGGCUUCGCCGUGUUCCGCCUGGAGCACCGCGACCUGCUGUCGGAGAAGAACCCCACGCGCAGCCUGGACGUGGGGCUGCUGGUGGCGGCGUCCGUGGGCCAGUUCGUCAUCAGCUACUUCACCAUCGUGGCGGUGGUGGCCACCGGCGCGCGGGGCUACCUCAACGGGCUGAACCUGGCCUGGGCCCUCAUGACCAUCGUGCAGCUGGGCCUGCAGAACCUCUUCAUCAUCGAGGGGCUGCACCGCGAGCCGCACCACGAGCCGGCGCCCGUCACCAUCUUCUCCAACCCCUACGUCAUCGAGGGGCUGGGCGAGCUGGGGGACCCCGAGAUGGAGGGCAAGCCGGGGCCCGAGCCGUCGCCGCCGUCGCCCGUGGGCCGCGCCGAACUGCCGCCGCCCGUGGAGCACCGGCACCGGCUGACCUGGAAGAGACGCGUGCUGAAGGAGGUCUGCGCCUUCCUGCUGCUGGGCAACGUCAUCCUCUGGAUCAUGCCGGCCUUCGGCGCCCGGCCCCAGUUCGACCACAGCGUGGAGACGGACUUCUACAAGUUCACCAUGUGGGCCGCGGUCGUGAACAUCGGACUCCCCUUCGGAAUCUUCUACCGCAUGCACUCGGUUGCCAGCCUCUUCGAGGUGUACCUCAUGUCAUAGCGCCGCCGUGCACGGUCCCCAUGGCGACCGGGGUCCGCUGCCCCACGGUCUCCAUGGCGACCGGGGUCCGCUGCCCCACGGUCUCCAUGGCGACCGGGGUCCGCCCCACGGUCUCCAUGGGGACUGGGGUUCCGCUCCACGGUCUACGUGGCGACCGUGAUCCCCUCCACCAUCAGACGACAUCAGGCAUGUCGUGAUUCCCGAUUCCCCGGAAAGAGUUCCAUGGGCCGGCAUCAGCGAAAGAUGCACAGUGCAAAUCAAACUUUAAAAAAAACGUGUGAAUAAGGGUAGGAAUGCUAACCGGAAUAUUUUGGGGUAUGCUGAUUUAUCGAAUUUAUAUAAUGAAUGAUCUGACGUAAAUGAGACGAAGUGUAUUAGGCUGAUCAUCAACAUGCUGAUGAGUUUGGGAAGAACAGGGAGGAGUACAACUGUGAAGACAUCAGCUCAUGAUGAGAGGUGAAGGAUCUCAAGAUUGUGAAGAAUCUCAGAGUGGAAGGGAAAUACUGAUUGAUUCAAUGUUAUUUUUAAUGCUGCCAUCCUAUAAGUCAGUACUUUAAAGAGUAUAGUGUAAUUUGUACUACAGUUCAAUAGCUUGUUUUAUAA